AUUCAACUUCCGUACUUUCACUGUGCAAGCACAAGUAGUUGGACGCGAAAGGAAGAGCGCCAAGUCACUUGAAAGAAAAAUUAGGGGAAGAGAGAGUGCUGUGCGCAUUCACUGUGUCUGUACGUUUGCUGUUUGAGAGAUACGAGGGUGAUUGAUAGAGGAGCAGGCGGAGCGAAAGAAAGAGAAAAUAUAAGACUGGAAGACGGAGAAAUACACGGAGGGAAAGAGAGAGAGAAAGAAGAGCGUGAGUAUAUAUGUGUGUCGGUUUGUAUUUAUUAGAGAGAGAUAGUGUGAGUGUGUGAGAGUGCGUGAAGGGGAGGGCGGGAUGAAUGAAGGUGGAUUGUCAAAACUAAAGUAUGUUUUAGAAUGCGUUCUAAACGCCGAAAGCUGCUGAAUUACUUAAUCAAUGCGAACAUUUUUAAAACGAAGAAUUUACGAAAUUAAGAAAAAUUAAAGUAUGAGCGAAAAGAACAAGAUAUAAAACGGCUUAGCUGAAUCGAAAGUAAAAGGAACAAAAUAAAAAAUAUAUAUAUACAUAUAUAUAUACAUAUAUAUCUAUAACUAUAUAAAAACAAAGCAACUAGAUCACGUCAAAAUUUUUAAGAGAGUAAUUUUCAUCAAAAGAUAACGUCAAAUUAUAUGAACUUACGUCGAAAUACUGCUUGGAUAUAUAUAGCUAAGGAGCCGAUAUCACUUUCUCAAACCAUAACCAAUUUCAUGCGAUAACACGGUAAUUGAUGCAUCUGAGUCAUAAGAUUUCCAUACUACAACGCCCAAGAUGCUGAAUCAAUAUCAAAAACACCAAGCUGAAUAAUUUAACAGCUUUCAGAAAACUAACAUAAAAUGAAAAUGAUAAAUUGAUGGAUUUUGAAUAAGAGAGAAUACACAAUGAAUUGGUAUGAGUCAACAGCGCCUAAUCUAUUCGUGAACAGCAGUGAGGAGACAGUAUGGAUGAUUAUGUAUCACAACGACAGCAGCGGAAACUCGUUUGGCAAUACGACGAAUAUAGAAAAUAAUUUUGCAGAAAGAUUACUAAAGAUAAUUGUUCCAAUUGUGUUCGGAGUAAUCGUCACAGUUGGUUUCAUCGGUAACCUUUUGGUUAUCAUCGUCAUUAUUUCAAACAAAAGAAUGGUGAAUACCACAAAUAUCCUCAUAUUUAGUCUAGCCUUGGCUGAUUUAUGUUUUAUCGUCUUUUGUGUGCCAUUUACAGCAGCUAAAUAUGUAAUACCUCGGUGGCCGUUUGGCAGAGUUUGGUGUAAAAUAAUGCAGUAUUUGACAUAUGUGUGCGCUUACGCUAGUGUCUAUACACUCGUGCUGAUGUCAUUCGACCGGUAUCUAGCGGUGGUACACCCUAUCAGGUCGAUGACUAUACGGACAGAAAAGAACUGUUUAAUAAUGGUAAUAAUUGUUUGGGUGAUCAUCUUGGCAGCAAAUGCACCACUGUUAAUCCAAUUUGACCUUCUGGUCUACGUAUAUCACGGAGAACAACGUCAGUCAUGCGUGAACACUGCUGCUUCCGAAGAUCCAAUGUUGAACAUUAUAUUCUAUGUUGCAUUUUUUGUUGCAGGUUACGUCAUCCCAUUAACAUUAGUAUGCAUUCUAUAUGGUUUCAUGCUUAGGCGCCUUCUCUUUGGAAUAACCCCGCGCAAUCAGUCAGCAGAAAGUAUAAGAUCAAAAAAGAGGGUCACACGUAUGAUAGUUAUAGUUGUGAUUCUCUUUGCUAUUUGCUGGUUGCCAAUCCAAAUUAUAUUCAUGCUUCACAGUGCUGGAGUUUAUGCCGCGAAUGCCACAAACUUCUGGAUUCAUCUUAUAGCCAACUGCUUCGCAUACGCCAAUAGUUGUAUGAAUCCAAUACUUUAUGCCUUCUUAUCCGAUAAUUUUAGGAAAAGUUUUCGAAAGCUUCUAUGUUGCUCCUCUCCAGCGCUCAGUACGUACGACUAUGAACGAACGCAAAUACGGGGAAGUAUGUCAACAAGAAAAUCCGAAGCUGUAUAAAAAAAGCAGAAUUUACUGUAAAACAUUACUCACUAACUGCGGUAUAGUGAACUAGAUGAGUAAAUGAUGAUAUAAUUAGAGCUUUUUAGAAGCUAGUUCUAAAUAUACUUCUGCUAGCAGAAGAACGAAUGUGUUUAUAUGUAUGAAUAUAAGUGCAGUGUGUAUAUAUGAGUGUGCAUGGCAUGUCCGAUUUGUAACAAUAUUCUCUAUAAUCUAGCUAGAAGACAUGAAAAUGACAAACAAAUGGGACGGUGAUGGCUGGUUAUUAUUCUUUAAGAGGAAGAGUUUUGACAGGUGCUUUGACAUUAUGGUUAGCUAUAUCAUCGGACACUCCGGCUUAGCUGACCAAAAUUUUAAAGUCCCUCUCAAUAAUAUUAUUGCUAACUAUAAUAAAUUUCUACUCCAGAAAAUCAUGGAGAAACACUCCA